AUGAACAAUUGAGAAGAAUCUCCACUGAGCAAACCAACCAGGAAUUCUUUGCUAAGACACUUCUCUGCGAACAUUACGGAGAGUCAAUUCAGGGCACAGUUCGAUCACAUCGCUUCGUUUCCAGCAUACGUACGUUCACCAUGUCCGCCGCCGACCCCAACUUCCCAUCUGGGCCUUAUCCAGCCGGGAAACACAUAAUUCCGCCCCCACGGCCCGUUUCCCCUUCCACAGCCGGCUACAGCCUCAAUCAUCUUAUGCUACGUAUCAAAGACCCAGAAAAAUCUAUCCGGUUCUACAACGAUUGCUUUGGUUUACAUACCGUCUUCAUAUUCAAUGCUGGGCCAUGGACAAUAUACUACCUCGGUCCGCGCGAUACCAACAUCAGCACGCUAGGCACAUCUAAGGGACUUCUCGAGCUAUAUCAUAUCCCUGCGGACAGCUCAGUAGAGUACCAAAAUGGUAACGAGUACCAAAACGGAGGGGUAGGCUUCGGUCAUGUGGGGUUCACCGUGCCGGAUGUAGGCGAGGCAUUAGAGAGGGUGAAAGCAUUUGGGUUCGAGGUCAUCAAGCCAUUAGAGGCGGACAAAGAGGACGGAAUGGGCCUACCGGAAAGAGUCGUAAUGGGGGACCAUGGAAAAGUGAGCGAGGGCUAUAAGCAUGUUUUCCGACAGUUGGCAUUCGUCAAGGAUCCCGAUGGCUACUGGGUCGAGAUCGUACCCCAAGUUGUGAAGUCAGCCUAG